AUGAGCGCUUUGGACAUCCCCGGCACAGAUUCGGAGAAAGAACCUUUCCUGCCUGGCAUUCCUCUACGGGAACGGAAAGCUACCUGGAAAGCGUCGCGCUGCGCGUGGAUCUUGCUCCUAGGCCUCAACGCCUUUUAUCUCGCUUCCCGCGUAUGGCCCUCCAACACAAGCCGAUGUAGUCCCACCACCCGCAUCUGCUGGGCCCCUUGCGGUCCUAACAUUGACUGCAGCCAGCUCAUCGUCCCUCUAGACUAUACAAACCUCUCCUCUCCGUCUAUCUCCCUCUCCCUAGCCCGCUACCGAGCUACGGCCCCCUCCCUGGGCUCGCUCAUCAUCGAGCCUGGCGGACCGGGCGGAUCGGGGACGCAAAUGGUCUGGAACUCCGGGGCGAAGAUCUCGAGAGUCGUAGAGGGACGGUAUGACAUAAUCGGGUUCGACCCGCGAGGGAUCAACAACAGCGAGCCAAAAAUCGAGUGCUGGGCGACAGAAGAAGAACGCGCGGUGUUCCACAGGGCCAUCUUAAAGUUGCCUAGUGAUGCGAAGAGCAGCCUUGCGGAAGUGGACGCGUGGUACGAGGUGUGGGCUAAAGGGUGUAGUGAGAGGUCGGGAGAGGCGAUCAAGCAUGUCUCAACUGCGUUUGUCGCGAGGGAUGUUGACCAGCUGAGGGAGGCGCUGGGGCAGGAGAAGCUCAUGUACUGGGAUGCGUGCGAGUACCCGGUCGACGGUCGCUCUGCUAUCAUGUGGGGCAAGACCUCUCUGGACGACACUGUGCACGCUUUCGAAGCGUUCCUCGACACCUGUGCUUCAGUUGGGCCAUCUCGUUGCCCGCUUGUCAAAGUCGAAGGAACGACGGCUGUGGACCUGCGCCUGGAGGUUGAAGGGCUGCUUAUGGACCUCUCGCACCGCCCUCUUCCUGUUACGCAAGGCGAGCACAGAGGAAUCGUCACCAGGUUCGGCGCGUUGUCCUACCUAUAUUCUUCCCUCUACAGGCCGAACGCCGAGUGGCCCCGCCUUGCGGAGGUUCUUGAUGCGCUCAUCACCCAGCGGAACGGGAGCCUGCUGUUGCAAGAGCUUGCGUGGGAGAACGGGCUUCCGCCUCAUGACGAAGAGGGAACAGCGGUACUAUGUAGCGACGCCGUCCCCGCUAAUAUGAUCAGUCUGGAGGAGUGGGCGUCCCAAACGCGGGAAAUGGUAGAGAAGAGCUUUAUUUCUGGCGAAUUUCGGAGUUUGUACACGCUGCCGUGCAGGACUUGGCUCGGUCGGCCGAAGGAGAGGUAUGUGGGGAACUUCAGCCAGAAACUCGCCCACCCCAUACUGUUGAUCGGGGGGACGCAUGAUCCUGCAACCCCAUUGAGGAACGCGAGAAGGCUGGCGCACGAUAUGGGAGACAGUGCCAGGUUGAUCGUGCACCAUGGCUUCGGUCAUACGUCAACCCGACACGUCUCGAACUGCACGACGCAAGCCGUCCGCGACCUGUUGCUCAAAGGAAUCCUCCCCGAAGCGGCGGAAACGCAUUGUUUCCCCUCGAAAGAACUCUUCCCCGUUGGGAAUGAGUUCGAUGUGGCGGAUGUGGAAGAGAGGGAGAUAUUGCGUGCUAUGAGGGAUAUUGGGAUGAGCGUGGCUGCGCGUUGGUAGUGCGCAGCGAGUGUUGUUAUAGAAGACCAAGGUUAGAACGCUGCCAAAUGACAAUGCUCGAGGGUGAAAGAAGAUGCUGUCUUAUCAGUCGAGGACAGCAGAUGAAGUGCUCACCCGAGUAGCUUGAGUUCCAAGACGGUGUC